AUGGAAGUGGCUGAAUAUGCGGUGCCUGAGGACGGAGAGUGUGUGAUCUUCAUCAGGAACAUUGCACCGAGCGAGGCCAGGAGCCUCAGGGAAACUCUGAAGAAGAUUAAAUCUGUAAAAAACUACUUUCCUCUGCUGGAAAAGGUUUAUAUCGAGUUUGAGACCAGUCGAGAUGCUGACCGGCUCGGAGUUUGGUACAGCCUCCUGAAACGCUGCCCCGCUCACAUCGUCUACAGGAUGAAAAUACCUCGAAGCACCAACACGGCAUUGGCUCCUCGGAUGGCAGCGAAAGCCAUGCCCGACUUGGAAGAUUUGGUUGCCGGGGUCGUCGCCCCCACGACGAGCUACGGCGUUCCAAAAGGCAGCGCGCCGCCAUUUUCUGUCACCAUGACAACGUUUCCCUUCGUCUUCCCAACUGUGUCUCCUUGGUUCAUCGUCCCCAAUUUUUUAACAGCUGACACGAAGAACCGCCUGUGGCUGUCCUAUGUGGCCACGAAGCACUCGACCGUCAUGCUGACGGGUUUACCGGAGGGAAACUACAAGCACGAGGACGUGGCGUCGCUGGUGUGGCGGUACCUCCCCGAACACAACCUUCAGUCUCUCUACUACAACGUGCUGGUUCUUCCUCUUCAGAGGAGGGCUUUCGUGUUUUUCGACGACCACGAGUCGUGCUGCAGGUUUGUGGAAGAUUACAUCAAAAAUCCCGUUUCGCUCAAAGGAACCGAGCUGAUCGUCCACCUCGUCCUGAAGGAAAUGCAUCCUGGAUCCUGCGAGGAGAGCAUGUACAGAAGUAUGAUGAAGUGGAGCAAUGCUCACGUUCCAGAGCCGGAGUCUCUGCCGCAGCGGCUGCUGUGUGUGACGCUUUCUGAGACGUCGGUGCAGCUCAUCAUUGGAAUCAUGAAAGCCGUGACCAAAGUGGCUCCCAUCGUCAGCUUCCUGCCGCUCGCCAACAGGAUUUGCAUCGAGAUGGCUGCGUCCAGUGGCGUAGCAGCCGUGGUGCAGAAGAUCCCGUGUGCGUAUAAAUAUUGGAAUAAAAUUCGACGUGUCGAGUCUUUGCAGAGCCUCAAACAGCGUUUACAAGGUUCCAGUAAGCUCAGGAUAAACCUUGAUGUGGAAAGCCAAGGCAUCAGUUUUUACCCCCCAGCUGUGAAAAGCGAACCACCGCCCCCCGUCCACGGAGCUGCAGAACCACAAGAACCUCAAACUUCCAACGAAAAGCUGCAACCCACGGCCGCAGAGACGGUGAACGCACCAUCCAGGUCUGCGGCAUUUGAGAAACGGCCGGAUGCUUCCAGAAAAGUUCAGGAAUCCGCGGGGGUGCCCGAUGACGGAGGAGGAGCAGCGGAGACUAAAAGCGAAACGGCAGAAACUGUAAACGUCGAGUCCAAAGAGGCCGAACCUUUGGAGCUGAUGGAAACAUCUGUUCCACAGAGUUCUGCUGAAACCAAACUCUUACCGACUAACACCAGUGACAGUCCAACAACUGCACCUUCUACCAACCCACCCCAAAGACCACAGACCACCUUCAAAACGGAGGAAACCUCAGUGCAACCGUCACCCGAGGUCCAGAAAAGCCCGCAUAGCUCGGACUGGGCUGCACAAGAACCAAAGACCACAACAGAAAGGUCCCAGGAGCAGCAGCCACCUGCAGCAGACUCAGAUCUUGUGGCUCAGAAGAGUCCGUCAUGGAAGGUUGACGGCAAAGCGUCGCCUGCAGCAGCAGAACCUGAGCCCAGCCAACCGUCUGCUGCUGCAGGAAGUGAAGCCACGGUAGAUGAGACCACUUCUUCUGCUCCUCCUGUCCCGGCUCCUCAAGAGAGGACUCUAGAUUUCCAGACCAUCGCUUCAAGAAUCGCCUUUUCUUCCAUGGAAACCAUCUUGUCAGAAAAAUUUCUUUCUACGGACGUCUGUCUGGUCAUUUCCAACUUGCCGGAGUUCAACGACGGCUGCUACACAGAAGCCGACGUCGUCCAUCUGCUCCGAACGUUUGGCUUCGAGCUUGAAGUCAGUCGAGUCUUCGUCUCGCCGCAGCAUCGAAUGGCGUUUGUCCUGCAGCCAGCCGUGAAGAAGGUGCAGCAGUUUUUCAGAGCGUCCAACGGUCAGGACCUGGUUCUUAAAGGGUCCAAACUUCAGGUUCAGGUUGCCAGCAUCCAAAACACCUCAUUUGGAUUUUACACAUUUUUAAUGUCCAUCACCGGCUGUCAAAGAAAGAUUCUCCCAUCGUCAGUGGUUUACAUCAAGAACAUCUCGUCAAGCGAAGCUACGGAUCUGAAAAACGCUUUGAGAAAAAUUGGCGAUGUAAUAAACUACAUGCCUCUGCUCAACAAGGUGUUUGUUGAAUUUAAAAACCCUGGUGAUGCUGAUAGGCUCGGAGUUUGGUACAGCUUCCUCAGACGGCGUCUUCCCCACAGCGUUCACAGGACUGGUCUGCCAGAAGGCAUUAAAACAGCAGAAUGUCCGAGCCUGGUAGCACAAGCCUUACCAGACACAAGCAACAUUAUAGCCAGGGCCCACAUCCCAACGACAACAACUGGCGUUCCAGAGGGCUCCGUUGCACCAUUUUGGAUUACCAUGACUACUAGUCCUUAUGUGUUCUCUACUGCAUGUCCUUGGUUCAACAUCCCAGUCCAUUUUUAA